GCGUCCACGCCGCCGUCGUCGUGGUACACCGACGCCGCGAUCAUCCCCGCGAUAGAGGCGCGCGCGGUGUUCGCGGAGGGGUGGCAGGCGGUCGGUCGCGUUGAUCAGGUGUCGGACGUCGGCGACUACUUCACCGGCGCCGUCGGGAACUUUCUCGUCGUCCGCGGCGACGACGGCGACGUGCGCGCGUUCCACAACGUGUGCAGGCACCACGCGAUGGAGGCGACGUGUUUUCGGUGCCCGUAUCACGGGUGGACGUACGACGACAAAGGCGCGCUGACGAAGGCGACGCGGCUGACCGGGAUCGAGGGCUUCGACGUGUCCGACAACGGCUUGAAACCCCUGCGCGUGGACACGUGGGGCCCGUUCGUGUUCGUGAACCUCGGAGGUGAUGACGCGUCGGCGCCGCCGCCCGUGAACGAGUGGCUGGGAGAAGCCGGCGAACGCAUGCGAUCCGCCGGCGUCGCGGAGAUGACGCACGUCGCGCGGCGCGAGUACGAGCUGAACUGCAACUGGAAAGUGUUCUGCGACAACUACCUGGACGGCGGGUACCACGUGCCGUUCGCGCACCCGGAGCUCGCGAGCGGGGUGAGCAUGAAGAGCUACGAGACGACGAUACGCGGUUUGCAUUCGCUGCAAACCGUGACGGCGGCGGCGGCGGCGGCGACGGACCGAGUCCGGGACCGCGACGACCGCCUCGGCGAUGCCGCGCUGUACGCGUUCAUACACCCGAACUUCAUGGUGAACCGGUACGGAAAGUGGUUGGACACGAACUGGGUGAUACCCACGGGCGCGGAGACGUGCAAGGUGGUGUUCGAGUACUACCUCGAGAAGGGCGUCGAAGGCGCGACCGAGGCGUUUAUCGAAAAAUCGCUGGCGGCUUCCGACAGGAUACAACGAGAGGACACGACGCUGUGCGAGAAAGUCCAGGAGGGCGUUCGAAGCCCGGGGUACGGGGUCGGGCGGUACGCUCCCGCGGUCGAGGCGGCGAUGUACCACUUUCACGCGCUUCUG